AUGGGAAACAACGUGUCUAGUGGGAGGAAAGCACCGAAGAUUACGUCACAGGAUAAGGCAAUUCUCCAAUUGAAAAUACAGAGAGAUAAGUUGAGGAAGACAAGCAUCAAGGUGCAAACGGUGAUCAAAAGAGAAAAUGAAAUAGCCCGGCAAUGUGUUCGAAAAGGAGACAAGAGGAGGGCCCUUUUGGCGCUUAAGAAGAGGAAAUACCAGGAGAAUUUGUUGGAUACAGUUGGGAAGCAGUCGGAUUCACUAGAGACUCUUAUCAAUACGAUAGAGUUCAAACUCAUAGAGAAGGAUGUGGUGUAUGGAUUACAGGAGGGAAAUAAGGUGUUGAAGCAGCUCAACACAGAGCUCUCGGUUGACAAAGUGGAUAAGAUCAUGGAUGAAACUGCAGAGGGUGUUAGUUAUCAGGAGGAAUUGAGUGAACGACUUGGAGAGUUGAUGCCGAGGGCAUUGGAUGCCGAGGUGGAUGAGGAGCUAGAAAGAAUGGAGAGAGAGGAAGCGGAGAAGACGGAAGAGGGCAGUAAGAACGAGGCGGCAAAGCUUGGAGAGCUUCCUGCUGCACCAUCUGGAGAAUUGAUAGAUGGAGGGAGGAAAGAGGAGAAAGAGAGGAGGGAGAAGGGAGAGAAGCCACAGGCAGUGCCUGCAUAG